GAAAUUUCUACGAACAGUCAAGCAAUAGCUGGUACAUAUUUAUGGGCGAAUAUAUGGCACAUUCAACCUUCACUGUCGGCAACUACCUCGCUGAGAGGCUAGUACAAAUCGGUAUCCGCCACCACUUCGUCGUCCCCGGCGACUACAACCUCAUCCUCCUCGACAAGCUGGGUGGUAAACUCGACCUCUUCGGAAAACCCGCCCUCAUUGAAGUCGGCUGUGCUAAUGAGCUCAACUGCUCCAUGGCCGCCGAAGGCUACGCGCAAGCCAAUAGCGCUGCCGCCUGCGUCGUAACCUACAGCGUCGGCGCCCUCUCAGCGUUCAAUAGCACCGGGUCUGCCUACGCUGAGAACCUUCCUCUAAUCCUCCUUAGCGGAUUACCAAUACUAAUAAUACAGGCCAAUUCCAUCUCCUGUACUAUAUACUCGGGACGAGCAAUUUCACAUAUUAGCUCGAGAUGGCGAAGAAGAUCACCUGCUAUAUAGUAGCCGUUGACAGAGCCUCAGACGUAUCCCGUUUAAUUAACCGCGCAAUCCGCACUACACUCCUCUCCAAGAAACCAGUAUAUAUUGAGAUCCCUACUAACCUAGCCGGAGCACCCUGCAUGCGUCCGGGACCCAUCAGCGCUGUUAUCGACCUGGCACCUACUAAUCCCGCGGUGCUUGCCGUAAUAAUCGGCAAAGCAGCCUCCUACUUGUACGGAAAACUCAAGCCUGCGAUUCUCGUGGGCCCGAAACUUCGGCAUGCAGGUCCUGAGGCUAAAAAAGCGUUACUAAAGCUUGCGGAGGCGAUAGGAUAUAUAAUUGCCGUAUAACCUGCUACUAAGGGUAUAUUUCCGGAAAAGUAUCCGUAGUAUAUAGAUAUAUUUUGGGGAUAAGUUAGUAUACUUGCUACAGAUUCGAUUAUUAACUGGGC